AUGUUGGUGAUCGUUUCAGUCAGUUGUAGACGAAGAAGAAGAAGAAGAAGAAUAAUAGUAAUUUGUGGAAGAAAAAAAUUGAAGAAGAUGAAGCAAGGAAUGUUAACGUUGUCAGUAUUCACGACAAUUAGUACUGCAAUGAUUUGUAAUAAAACAUGCAACAACUCGGCGGAAUGCUUGGAAGGACUGGUUUGCAAAAAGCAGAUAUGCGUUGAUGGACCGGUCCUCAAACGACAUUCAAGAUCAUUCCUUGACCGUUCAAAGGCUCUUUGUGUUAUACCGUUGGUUUGCUUUCCAUGA